CCAAUUGUUAUUAUUAGCAACAAUCGGUGAGUCACUCUUUCCCCGCCUCAGAAAUAGGAGAUUAGACCAAGGUCCUGCUAGAGAACUCCUCCGUAUGUCGGUGUCCCAGACUUUGGAUUUCCCAGACCCAGAAGUCGCAGCUGCAAUCCUAGCAAAAGUGGAACAGGUUUAUCCCGGAUUGGCUGAUGAUGCUGCACGUGAGUUAGCCAUUCGUCAAGGUAGCGCAGAGAAUGCCAUGCUUAUCCUCGUUGCCGGAAUGAAUGAGCAUCGUAGGAAAUUCCCAACUUUUGGAACAGAGAUGCUUCUUCACACCAUCCUCGCAGUCCUAAAGACGGGAGAAUGUUCAGUUGACUUCCUAACAAAGGUAGCUGACGGAUGCAGGAUGUUCGGAUUUAAUGUGAACCUGGAUAGAGACUUAAUCAAAGCCAUUUAUCUGACGUUUGGGGAUUACAUCAAUAGUCGCGAUGUAUGGGCCAUGGUAACAUACUGGAAAACGCUUGUGCCAAACCAAUGCCUGAGAAUUAGAUUGACCAUUGAACAGGCCGAAUGGCAUAAUCUAACAAGUUUUACCAGCGUUAAGUCAGCCCUAACAUUGCAUAAACAGUUCUAUUGGGCGAACCUAUUUCAACUACACGCGUAUAGUGCUCAACUGGGAAAGUUCAGGAUUGCGAUGGAUCUGAUUCAUGACGAUCCUUAUUUCGGAUUUAACAAGAACCUAGGAGAGGCAUCCUCAACUAGGUAUAAGGAUCUGGCUGGCGCGUGUAUUUUACUGCUUAUCAAAGCAGACAAUGAUAAGGGACUCAGAAAAUACAAGGGGAUGGCAAACAGAAUAAACAACUUUUCGUACAUUAAAUUUCUGAUUCGCCAGUAUAUUAAGGCCACUGUAUCUCGCGCCCAGGGUGACCAGAUUGAUGAGGCCCGAAAACAAGCAGUAGUGGCCGAUCUUCUCCCAGUAAGUCCAGGGUUCACUCUUAACCACGUCCAAGUGUGCACCAAAGCGUAUAAACCUGGGGAUGAUAGCGAUUCUGAUGAGGAGUGA